AUGAAGUUUAGCAUCAUUGCUCUCACUUUCAUCGGCUCUGCCUUGGCCGCCCCUGGUGCCUCUAUUCCCACUCCUUCUACUCCGGCGGCUCCUUCUUGUGCGGCAUCUUCCAGCCAUAUAGCCUCAUCCACUGCCAGUCCUUCGGCUUCUCCCAUCUUUCAGCCAGGCUGCGACAUUGAGCACGUAGGCAACAACGGCAAGCAUCUCGGAUGGUGCAAGAAGGCCAGGCACUACGGCAUGUACAACAACGGAACAAGCAUCUAG